AUGCUUCGCGAGCUCGUUUGGGGUGAUCUCCAGGUACUGCAUCUCACCGAUGUACACGGCUGGUAUCAAGGUCACAUGAAGAAGAGCUAUCCCGAGCCCAACUACUCUGGCGAUUGGGGCGAUUUCGCUUCCUUCGUUACGCACAUGCGCCACCUCGCUAAGAAGAAGGGCGUCGAUCUGCUUCUUGUCGACACGGGCGAUCUUCACGAUGGAGCCGGCCUCAGCGACGGCUACCCUGCCGGUCAAGUCGACGGUCAGGUCUCCAACCAGUUCCACGCCAGGGUCCAGUUUGACAUGCUCACUGUAGGAAACCACGAGCUCUACAAGUACGAGGUCGGUUGGAACACCUACCAAGAGUUUGUGCCCACGACCAAGGGUCGCUACGUCAGCUCCAAUGUCAACAUCAGCCAUGCUGACCUCAACGGCGGUGCGGGCAAUACCAGCUACGUGAUUGGCGAGCGAUUCGUCAAGUUCCAGACCGACGGGGGACGAAACGUCACUGGCCUCGGCGUCCUUUUCAACUUUACCGGCGCCGACAGCGGUAUCACGGUACAGGACCCUGCCAAGAUGGUCCUCGAGCCGUGGUUCAUCGACGCCAUUCAGGAGGAGUCUGACGUGUUUUUGCUUACAGGACACAUGCCUGUCCGCAAAGACCAGUUCCCCACCGUCGUCAACGCGAUCCGCAAGGUCCACCCUACCACGCCCAUCAUGGUCCUCGGCGGACAUUCCCACAUCCGCGACUGCAUCAUCUACGACAAGUACUCGAUGGGCAUCGAAUCGGGUCGAUACCUUGAAACCAUCGGCUGGCUAUCGAUGAACUUUACCGACGACGUUCCCACCUUCAACCGCAGCUACAUCGACGCCAACCGACGCAACUAUGCCUUCCACGCCGGUCUCGCCCACCACCCGGACAAGUUCGACACGAAAGCUGGCAAGAAGAUCACCAGCGAUAUGAACCAGGUCGCUGAGAACUGGAACCUCUCGAUGAGCUAUGGAACUGCGCCACAGGACUACUACCUCCAGCGUGUACCCGUCAACGACAGCUCGUCGCUCAUCAACUUUAUGACCAACAAGGUGCUGCCGACGGUCAUCUCGACGUCCAACCCGAACCGCAACGGUACGCCCAACAUUGUGAUUGCCAACACGGGUUCCCAGCGUUUCGAUCUGUACGCUGGCGACUUUACCAAGAACGACCAGUACAUCGUUUCUCCGUUCACGGAUGCGUUCCAGUACAUCAAGAAUGUGCCCUACAAGUACGCCAGCCAGGUGAUCAGCAAGCUCAACGGCGACAAGACUGCGCAGGCCACCAGUCGUCGACGCGACCUUGGUGUCGAUGACGAGCAGAGCGAAGAGGAGCUCUAUGCCCAAGGACACGUGUCUCACAUCUACAACCGUUGGAUGCAGGACCAGCACGUGCGCGCUACUGCGCAUACAGAAGCUGCACGAGACUUGGCCAAGCUGGACGCUCGAGCUGCAGCCGCUGCUGCCAACCGUACGCUCGGCUACGUUACCAAAGACUCGUGCCCCGGUUACGGAGACGACACCGUCCACACCGCCAUCCCCUACGCCUCUGUCCCCGACUACGUCCAGAGCCCCGUCACGGGUCAGAAUGUCACGGGCAACACCACCAUCGACGUCAUCUUCCUCGACUUUAUCGCCAAAAACGUCGUCAGGAUCCUCAACGGUCUGCAGACAGAGAAGAACUACACGCUGGACGACGUCGCCGCUUACAACCAGUACACGAUCCAGGACAUCUACCCGCUGUAUGCAGAGCAGGUGUGGGCCGGCAACGCAACCAACAACACCAGCAGCAGCAAGGAGGCUUUCACAAUCUUCAACUGUGCUUCGUGUCACGGUAACAAGUAA